AUGGACUCUUUUAUUAGCCCUUCAAAACGUGCAGGUACAAACCUACUGCCGCCGAUAGCAACUGGAAGAAGUCGGAGAAUAUCAGCCCGGUUUCCUGCUUCACGUUCUUUAAUUAAUGUCCCUGAAAAGAAAAACUGUAAUUCAAACUCAGCAACCUAUAGAGAUAAGACAUACAAAUCAAUUUCUCCUAUGAAUAUGAAGCCAAAAAUUAAACUGAAAGAAACAAGACCAACUAUUUUUACCUUGCAAAACCUGACUUUAGGAACUCUCUUGGGGGAAGGGAAAACUUCAAGAGUUUUAAGAGCAGCUGUAGGAAGCCAAGAAUUUGCCGUAAAAAUUAUGCCUAUGGCAGAGAAAAAAUACUUCGAAAUUGAAUGAGAAAUUUUGGAAAAACUGAACAGCCCAUUUAUCGUUAAAGGGCAUGGAAAAUUAGAUGACACACAAAAUAAUUAUCUUUUGCUGGAACUUGUAGAAGGAGGCGAUUUGUUCCAACUAAUGAGAAAGCGACGCCUGAGAAUAAACGAAAUUGCUUUUAUCGCCGCAGAAGUUGUGGUAGCCCUUAACUAUCUUCACGAUAAUGGGAUUAUUUAUAGAGACAUCAAGCCAGAAAACAUUAUGCUUGAUUCAAAUAAACACAUAAAAUUAGUAGAUUUUGGGUAUUCCAAAAUAAUUUCUGACGAAAGACCAAGCACUGUGUGUGGGUCGCCUGAAUAUGCAGCCCCAGAAAUGCUCAGGAGGCAAGGAUAUUCUUUUAGUGUUGACUGGUGAGGAUUAGGGAUCUUAUUAUAUGAGCUAGCGUGUGGGUAAUAUUUUAAAUAGACAUCCGCCUUUUCAAGGAGAAAAUUUCAAGGAUAUUUCACAAAAUAUAAUUCAUGGGGAGCUGGUUUUUACUAGGCAAGUUGAUCCUCAAUGCAAAGAUCUAAUAAGAAAACUACUAAAUCCUGAGCCGCAAGCAAGACUUGGCUGCCUAAAAAAUAAAGUCGAGGAUAUUAAACACCACAAGUUCUUUAGAGGAUUCAAUUGGGAAGCCAUUGCAGAGCGAAGAUUACCUUCCCCAAUAAAUAUAGUAGAAAAUUAA